UUUUUAAUUUAGCAUAGAGCGGUAGAGGCGUAGACUUACAAAUCUUGGUCCAAAUCUUGAUGAAAGGGAGACUGGGACAGUCCAAAACAGUCUAUAUUGGAAAAAGCAUAAAAAAUAAAGAAGUGGGCGUUGACGCGGUGAACCGGGAGUAUUCCUCCUCUGAUUUGCCGGGCAGGCACGAAACGUAUAAACGCACUUAAAAAUCCCAACUGCCAAAACCGAACCGCGUCAACCAUUCUCACGUCUUUCAAUAUCUGGAUGAACCUGCCCUUUGAAACUCUCAUACUUCAUUAAUUCCUUAAUAACAACUCCGCCUCCAUAUCUAACCAACUGACCGAUUCUUCACCAGCUAUGGCUUCUUCUGUACACUUUCACUCCAUCCUUGCUCUCACAAUCCUUGCUCUUGUGCUUCCAUGGCCUGCCACCAGCGAUAUUGCUCUUCCACCUAUCUUGUCCUCCAUUUUUGAUAAUGUGUGCGACAAAGGAGGACUGUGUGGAAAAGGGAAAUGCAAGGAAUCAACGAAUAGCAUUUUAGGUUAUGAAUGUGAAUGUGCAGCUGGAUGGAAACAAACUCGAUCUCAAAACGAUACUUUCUUCAAGUUUAUGCCUUGUGUAAUCCCCAACUGUUCUGUUAAUUACUCUUGUGGAGAGGGAGAAGCACCUGCUCCUGCACCUGCUAAAAGAGCCGAUCGUUCAAUUAGUUCAAUCUCUGAUCCUUGCAACUGGGCAGACUGUGGAGGGGGAAAGUGCAACAGAAACUCUACACUUUCAUUAACCUAUACUUGUGAAUGCAAAGAGGGUUACUUCAAUCUGCUCAAUUCCACUGCUCUCCCGUGCUUUAAAGCUUGUGCACUUGGAAUGGACUGUAAUAAUCUAGGGUUUGGUUUGCCAAAUAACUCAAGCACUCCUCCAUCCCCAAGCUCAUCUGAUAGUAAUGAAGCUUGCUCAAUCAUCAUGGGAGGUGGAUUUUUCUGGAAGGUUAUUGCAGCAACAUCGCUGCCCAUAUUUUUCUUGAAUUCGAUGUAAAGGAUGGAUGAUAUUUAUACCUACUAUACAUGAAUGAAUAAACAAAACAAGAUAAAGAAUAGUUACUGUGGUAGAUUUUGGGUUGUAUAGAGUUACCAAAUCUUUGUUGUCCCACAUUAGAAAAAUAAGUAGAGUUGCUUUGAAUGUAAGUGCCCACCUCGCUCCAUUAGUAUGAAGCCUUUUGAGAGGUUCCCACGGUCCGAGCAAUCUUUAUGAGCAUUUUGAUUUAUCAUGUUUUGCCUUUUUUGUAUUCUCAUGCAUUCAUACUUUUGGUUUUGGCUCUAUUUUUAAUAUCAGAUAUUGAGGUUGGUGUUCAUAUUCAUGGAUGGAAUAUUUUCUUUUAUUACUGCAAUAUAUGUUUGUUUGCCUGUCAUGUAUGCAUUUAUAGAUAAGCUGUGCAAAAAAGUGGGAUGCGGAAAAGGGAAUUGCAAGGCAUCAGGAAAUAGUAUUUUAGGUUAUGAAUGUGAAUGUGAUCCUGGCUGGAAACAAACUCUUCUUCAAAGUGACAAUUCCUUCAAGUUUCUGCCUUGUGUUAUCCCCAACUGUUCUAUAAACUUUUCGUGCGGGGAAGACGCUCCUGCCCCUGCUGCACCAGAUAAAAGAGCCAAUCGUACAUCUUUCUUUGAGCCUUGCUAUUGGGCCGAGUGCGGUGGGGGAUCAUGCAUGCAGACUUCUGCACUAACCUACACUUGUGAAUGCAGCAAGGGUUACUCAAACCUUCUCAAUAUCACAGGUUUCCCUUGCUUCAAAGAAUGCGCACUUGGAUUGGAUUGUAACAUGACAAAUAAAUCAUCUAGUCCUCCAACUGCAACACCCAGCCUACCUCAUAAUAAUAGCAACAAAGCUAGCGGCUUUAUCGACGGAGGCGGCCUUGUCUUAAAAUCAGUUGCAGCAGUGUCACUAGUCAUGUAUUUUUUGAAGUAGAGAGAUGUUGGAGUGGUAGAGAUUCUACAUAUGCAUCUAUCACCACUCGAUUUGUUAAGGCUUAGAUCUUUUUUCUUUCAUAUUUUUAGGGAUAUUUUGACAUUGUGCCUCGCUUUUUGGGUGAUAUUGGACUAUGCACUCAAUUUUUAAAACUUUUUGACUUUGCACCCUAUUUUUCCUAAAAUGUCUUUGCCUUUGCACCUUAUUCAGGAAUUUUUGUCACAAAAUGUUGUACGAUAGGGUGCAAAGUCUAAAAGUUUUGAAAAUGAAGUGCAAAAUCUAAUAUCCCCGAAAAGUAUGGUGCAAACUCAAAAUUCCCUUAUUUCUUAUUUUAGUGUAGUUUCUGAAUAUAUAAUUCUUUUUUUUGUAAAAAUAAUUUGAGUGCGGACAGGGAUUCGUUUGCUUUAUUGUCGAUCAAACAUCGUAAAUUGUAAUUUGUCUUAUAAUUCGGGACGGAGGGAGUAUAUGAUAUAUAGGACAAUGAAAUACUUGGGGACUAGGGUAAGGAACCAAUGAUUUUAAUGAGUAUGUAACAUGUUUAUUAGUGAACA